AUGUCUUUCAUGUACAAGUACCCAAGCAGUUUCUGUGUCGAGGUCUACGGCCAGACCAAGCUGGAAAAGCGCAAACAAGACGAGAUGAAGUACACACAAAAGAAGAGAGAAAUGCGAGACCUUGAGUCAUACCAACAAGCACUUCUGCUUGCUCUUCUCAACACGAAUUUUGGCUUUUCAAUCGAGCACCCCGGAAAGAAGUCGAAAGUGACGGCGACAUCCCCACGACUCGUCUCGCUCUUUUCUGGCAACGAAGAAAUUGAAUUGGGAAAAGUGGCUAAAGAACAGUGCGAACUGGUGAUGGAGGAAGAAAUAAAAAAGGGUCUUGGACAAGCUACUGCUUUAAGACGGUUUGAGAAGAACAAAAGAGUGUUCACACAAAAUUUACUCUUUGACAUCUGCUCAGAGGUCGGGUUUUACCUCGAGAGUAAGCCGUCGAGAAAGUCGAAAAAGUCAAAACAAAUUGAACGAAUAAGAAAGAUCGGGAUCAACGGGAAGACAGUCUUCACACAAGACGACAUAGUUCUCAUUGGAAAAAAACUGAACGAAAUCCUCAUACAAAAAAUAGUGAAGGAGAAAAAGUGCGUUUUUGCUGCGGGGGAGUUCAACGUCUUCAACGCGUUCAAAAAGGAGAAGGCAGAAAGAAAAAACAAUUCUUGUUAA